AUGCGGUACUUGAGCGGUCUUCUGGCCGCCGCCCCUCUGCUGGGCCUCGUCUCAGCCCAGGUUUCCACAUCGUGCAACCCGUUGAACUCGACAUGCCCUGCCGACCCCGGCUUCAACACCGACUACACCUUCUACUUCAACACCACGCCGUCCUAUGAGCUGUGGGAGACGACUGCUGGAUCCGUCACCUACGACAACGAAAACGGCGCCGGCUUCACCAUCAACAAGCAGGGCGACUCGCCCACCAUCCGCACGCUCUUCUACUUCUUCUUCGGCCGCGUUGAGCUCUUCCUCAAGGUCGCCCCCGGAGUCGGCAUCGUCAGCUCUUCUAUGUGGCUGAGUGACGACCUCGACGAGGUCGACCUGGAAUUUCUGGGCGUCAACAACACCAUGGCCUCGACCAACUACUUUGGCAAGGGUCUUGAGGAUUUCCACAACGCUGGCCUGUACACCACCAUCAACAACCAGGAGAACUUCAUCAACUACACCACCGUCUGGACCAAGGACGCGCUCCAGUGGUACAUUGACGGCACCCUCGUCCGUACCCUGACCCCUGAGCAGGCCAACAAGACCCGAAACUACCCCCAGACUCCCAUGAGACUCUCUCUCGGUAUCUGGGCCGGUGGUGACCCGCGGAUGCCCAACGGUACUCGUGAGUGGGCUGGUGGUGACACCGACUACUCCAAGGGCCCCUACAGCAUGUACGUCAAGAGUGCUCGAAUCACCGACUACGGCGGUGGCAACGAGUACACUUACGGCGACAUGACUGGUAGCUACGAAAGCAUCAAGGUCACUGGCACCGACAAAAACUCCACCUUCUACGAGGCCCUCCACCAAGCCCCCAAGCUGUCUACAGCUGACAAGUGGAACAACCUGCCCGCGGGCGCCAGAAUCGCCGUCUACGUCGCGGCCGGUGUCGUCGGCGCCGUCCUGAUCGGAGCCCUGCUCUUCUACUGCAUCAAGCAGCGCAAGUCCGGAGCCCGCGAGGCCCGCCUGCAGACAGAAAUGGAAAAGAUGGACCGUAUGGAACUCGACAAGCUGAAGCGCGAAGGCGUUGACGUUGACGCAUAUACUGACUACGAUUCUCGCAGUAUGAGGAAAGAAGGCGUCGUCGCGGCUGAUGCGCCCCCCGCAAACGUCAGCCCUCUUGACAGCAAAGGUUGGACCGCCGUCAACAUCGAGUCGCCUAUGCAGUCGCCCGCUCCCUUCCUCAACCAGGGUGCUGAUCAUCCUGCAAGCCCUGGCUCUCCUCCCCAGUCUCACCCCGGUCCCCAGAGAGCCUCGAGCACGGCUCCCAUCCGGACUUUCAGCGCGAGCCACUCAGGAUACCAGGGACUCCCCGGCGGAGAAGUCUAA